AUAUAUAAAGUUCCUUCCCCUAAAGUACAAGCAUUUCCUUUCUUUCUUCUCCAAGAAACCGAAAGAAAAUUCCUCACCGAAACAGUAAAAAUUCUGAGUUCCGAGAAAUUCUUACCUUUAAUGGCGACGCCUAAUCAGGAAGCAAUCGAUACCUUCAUAAACAUCACAGGCGCGACGGAAGCCAUCGCUGUUCAAAAACUCGAGGAGCAUGGCGGCAAUCUCAACGAAGCUGUGAAUGCACAUUUUACUGAAGGAGAUAGAAACACACCAGCAAACAUGCAUGAAACCUCAGUUGCUGCUCCACAAGAUGACUUAAUGGAUGUCGAUGAAAUUGAACCACAGGGACCUCGUUUACCACUUCUUUCUGCACCUACAAACACAAAUACAUAUUCUCUUCUUGAUCCACACUUCCGUAGAAAUAUUUUCAAUAUUGAUUCUGAUUUUCCAAACCGUGCACCCUUUGUGACGCAUCCGAGAGAGGUUAGGCAGAUUCCCAUAGAGGUAAAAGAUAACAAUCAGCCAGCCGGUCACUCUGGACCUGCUCCUACCAUUGAGGAUGUCACUGGAACUGUGCAUGCACAUGGCCCAGAUACUCGUGGGACUGUUAUAAUUGAUGAUGAAGACAAUGAGGAUGUUUCAGCUGCCUCAACUGCACAGCGGGAUGAACAAAAGGAUGAUAUUCUAGGUGAUAGUUCUCAUGACAGAAAUAUUGGGCCAAGUGCUCCUGAAUUUGAGAAUUUGCCUGACUAUAGUAAUGACAUAGAAGAAGAAAUGGUUCGAGCUGCCAUUGAGGCUUCAAGACGAGAGGUUGAGGGUGCACACAAUGAAUUAGCUGACCCAGUUCCAACACAAAGCCAAUCUCACAUGGAGGAUGCUGAACUUGCACAUGUUGUUUCAUUGUCCCUGAAGACAGCACAGCAAGAGAAAGCAUUGCGCGAGCAAGGAGAAAUUGCUGUAGCUUCAAAUGUGGGGCCUUCUAAGCCAGCUGAGGUUGAGCUAGGAGAAUUUGUUGCAUCGAAUGGGAGGUUGGAGCCUGGAAGCUCAUCCAUCCAAGAGGAUGCUGAAGAUGUGGAGGAGCAACCUCUUGUCAGGCAUAGGUCCCAGCGUGUGUCUUCUGGCUCUGACGAUGUUGAAGUAAUUGAGGCUAGCCCACCAUCAAGUCCUGGACGACAUGAUGUGGGUAAUCAUCCACAGCACAAUAGAAAUGCCUUCCCUUCUGAUGAGUGGGGAGGGAUUUCUUCUGAGGAGCAUGAUGAAGCAGUCAUGCUGGAGGCUGCCAUGUUUGGUGGAAUUCCUGAAGGGACUGGAUAUCAUUUUGGAUAUGGACCUCAUCAGUUUAUGCAUGCUGAAAGUCACUAUCCCCAUCGGAUACCUCGUCCUCCAUCACCCUCUCUGGCUGCUCAGCGCUUGAUACGGGAACAACAGGAUGAUGAAUAUCUUGCAGCUUUGCAAGCUGACAGAGAAAAAGAAUUGAAGGCCAUGGAGGAAGCUGAAGCUCGUCGUUUAGAAGAGGAAGCAGCUAGACAAGCUGCUCGUGAAGAAGAAAGACGAAGAGAGGAAGAAUCUCGCAGGAAAUUGGAGGAGGAGCAGGAGUUGGAGAGACAGUUAGCUGCAAAAGAAGCUUCUCUGCCUCAGGAACCAGCAUCGGAUGAUGAAAGUGCUAUUACCCUUCUAGUACGGAUGCCAGAUGGUAGCCGCCGUGGACGCCGAUUUCUCAAGUCUGACAAGCUACAGUUUCUUUUUGAUUUCAUAGAUGUUGGCAGAGCGGUCAAACCUGGCACUUACAGACUGGUGAGGCCAUACCCUAGGCGUGCUUUUAGUGAUGGGGAGAGUGCCUUGACGCUAAAUGAACUUGGGCUGACCAGCAAACAAGAAGCCUUGUUUUUGGAGUUGAUUUAGCAAAUAAACUCCAAAAUUAUAGAAAACUAGUCACUUGAAUAUUUUGUUCUAUUAAAAUAUGAAGUCAUACACGAAGUAUGGGAUUUCAUUUUGGUUGUGGUGUUUGGGUGAAAUACAUGAAAUUUGAGGAGAUGAACAUAAUUAUUCCUUAACAGAAUGGGCAGAAGAACAAUCUUUGUCA